CGUUCAUCGGCAAGCCGCAAACAUGAGGCCCACCGCUCCCACGGCGCUACUCAGCGCCUUUCAAGGCCUUAGAAUAUCUGCGACGCCGUCAGCCAGCCCCCUCAGGGCCGCGAUCCGACCUCAAUUGACGAAGCCGCUGGUCGCAUCCCAGAACCUCCGCGAUGCUCGCCCAUUUUCCACAACACCUGCAGCGCAGGGCAAUUGGCUCGAACCCUCGAUCGACCGAACAAAGAAGAUGAUGAAGGGACGCCCCCGUGUGGCCACGGGAGGAUCGACCAAGGGCACAACUGUCAUCUGGGGUGACUACGGCCUCAGGAUGAAGGACCACCACCGAAGAAUCAGCGCGAAGCAGCUCAAGAACGCCGAAGAUACGAUUAAGAUGAGACUACGUGGCCAAAAGUACCGGAUGUACAAGAGAGUGUGCUGCAACGUCGGUGUCUAUGUGUCGGGUAACGAGAUGCGUAUGGGUAAGGGAAAGGGUUCUUUCGAUCAUUGGGCGGCUCGUGUUGCUGUCAAUCAGAUCGUUUUCGAAAUCAGAGGAAUGCUUCACGAGGCAGUUGCGAAGGACGCCUUCCGUCUGGCGGGUAACAAGUUGCCCGGUCAAUGGGAGUUUGUACACAAGGGAGCGGCUCCUGUUGUUGGUAUUACGAAGCUUGAGAACGGUGUUACGUUGGAGGAUCUGAAGAGACCAAGAAAGGUGAUCGCGCCUGAGGACUUGCUGGCCGAGGCAACGAGCAAGCCCACCAGCGCGGCAUCUACCACAACGCCGUCUGCAAAGCCCUAGAGUUUUGGAUGAGACUGGUUGUAACAUUUACCGCUCUUCACAAUGAGAUGUGCUAGGCGCAAUCUCGAGUUCAUGGAGUGGCUGUACUAUAGAUGACCAUACUAGAUGGCGAGGUGUCAUUGCGGCUGUACAAAUAAAGGAAAAUACCUUUCAAAUCCA